CAAACAACGCCAUGGAAGCUGCGCCGACGGAUCCUCCGUACAACUCAACAGUGGCAGCGAGGCUGGGCCGACGGCGGAUCCCGAUACACACGACGUUAUAUUGGGGCCACAAGGCAUACGUGCUUUUCCCGUGCUGGCCUGGAGAUAACCCCGUCAUGUACGGUCUGUCUUUGGUGCUGGUCUUCACCAUGGCUGUGCUGGUUGAGUGGCUUUCUUUCACGGAUAUGGUGAAGUUCAAGCCCGGCAAGAACGACGUCGUUGCUGGGGUGCUCAAGACGGCGAUCUACGGCGUUCGAACCGGCCUCUCCUACAUGGUCAUGCUGGCCGUCAUGUCAUUUAACGGCGGCGUGUUUGUCGUCGCCAUUGUCGGUCACGUCAUCGGUUUCCUGGUCUUCGGUACUCAGGCGAUCCGGAGAAAGAAGGCCGGGUCCGACCCUGGUAAGACAUCCGACUUGUAGUAACUCAGACAGGUCGAUCGGCAAUGGCUUCCCUCGUAAUCCAUCUCUUCCCAUGUCUGGUUUUUGUUGUA